AUGGAGAAAAUGAAGAAGGUGUGCAAAAACGAGGCGAAUAAUAACGUCGAAGUGCCGAAGCAGAAGGAGAGGCAUAUAGUUUCUUGGUCUCAAGAGGAGGAUGAUAUUCUGCGGGAGCAAAUUAGAUUACAUGGGACUGAAAAUUGGACAAUUAUUGCAUCAAAGUUCAAGGAUAAAACGACGAGACAAUGUCGAAGAAGAUGGUUCACCUACUUGAAUUCCGAUUUCAAGAAAGGAGGAUGGUCACCGGAGGAAGAUAUGCUCUUAUGCGAGGCACAGAAGAUAUUUGGAAACAGAUGGACUGAGAUUGCAAAGGUGGUUUCAGGCAGAACUGAUAAUGCCGUGAAGAACCGAUUCACGACUCUUUGCAAGAAAAGGGCAAAACGUGAAGCCUUAUCGAAAGUAAACAGCAUGACUUCUUCUUACAUCAACUUAAACAACAAAAGGGUUAUUUUUCCUGAUGGGCUCAACAAUGCUGAUGGAGAAUCUGAAAGUGCUUCAGCUAUUAAAAGACCUCGACUAGAUGGAUCGAGUGGCGAGCGUGGCCUCUCGAGUCAUUUGCUCAGACAUUCGUUUCAAAUGCUAACUCAAAAGGUCAACUGUUCUUCGGCUGACCUCCCAAUCGAGACACAAAUCGAUAAAAUGAAAGAGGCGUCGACUGAUGAAACUGUAAAUAACAAAGGUGAACGAACAUUUCUUAAAAAGGACGAUCCAAAGGUGCUUGCAUUGAUUCAGCAAGCAGAGCUUCUUAGCUCACUUGCCGUCAAAGUGAAUACAGAGAAAACGGAUCAAAGUCUUGAAAAUGCCUGGGCUGUUCUCCAAAAUUUCUUGAAACAAAACAAAGAAAGUGAUACACCGAUAAUCAAGAAUUCAGAUGCCGAUUUUCGGAUAGAGAAGUUGAAAGAGUUAGUUGAAGAAGAAUUAAGAAGCCCUAAUGAAGGAAGUGUAUCAUCUUGGAGGGAUCGUGAUGCAUAUGAUUCUUCCCCAGCUAGCUCUGAACACAGUUCCGAAUCAAUUUUUCUGUGUAAUGUGGCGUGUGAUCAUCAAGAAACCGAGCAUGAACUUCAAUCGGGUCAAGCAAAUGACAAUAAUUUUCUUGAUGAAGAAAAUGGGGUAUUUCGUUCGGCAAAACCCCAAAAUGAAGAAUUCAAUUCCCCUGUUCGCGUGACACCUUUUUUCCGAGCAUUGGCAGCCGCAAUUCCCAGCCCAAAAUUCUCAGAAAGCGAAAAACAUUUUCUGAUGAAGACUUUAGGAGUGGACUCGAAUUCUCAGAGCCCAAUACGAAAUUCUUCACAACAAACGUCAUCUUGCAAGAGGUCCCUUCUACAUUGUCUGUGA